GGGCCCGGCCGCUGUCCAGCCGCUCCGCCACCCUCGCUGCCCGCGCGCCAUGGAUACUCCCCGGGUCCUGCUCUCGGCCGUCUUCCUCAUCAGUUUCCUGUGGGAUUUGCCCGGUUUCCAGCAGGCUUCCAUCUCCUCCUCGUCCGCGGAGCUGGGCUCCACCAAGAGCGUGAGGAGCCGCAAGGAAGGGAAGGUGCCGCGGGCGCCGCGAGAGAGCGCAGCCGGCCGGGCGCCCCAGGAGCGCCGGGAGCCGCAGCCCGGGCGGCCGCAGGAGGAGCCCCGCGCUCGGGAGCCGCCCGGCCGGGGCCCGCGCGUGGUGCCCCCCGAGUACAUGCUGUCCAUUUACAGGACUUACUCCAUCGCCGAAAAGCUGGGCAUCAACACCAGCUUCUUCCAGUCUUCCAAGUCGGCGAACACGGUCACGAGCUUUGUGGACAGAGGCCUGGACGAUCUCUCGCACACUCCUCUCCGGAGACAGAAGUAUUUGUUUGAUGUGUCCACGCUCUCAGACAGAGAAGAGCUGGUGGGCGCGGAGCUGCGGCUCUACCGCCAGGCGCCCGCUGCGCCCUGGAGGCAGCCGGCCGGGCCGCUGCACGUGCAGCUGUCGCGCUGCCGGUCGCCCGCGCUGCUGGACGCGCGCACCCUGGACCCGCAGGGGGCGCCCCCCGCCGGCUGGGAAGUCUUCGACGUGUGGCAGGUUCUGCGCCACCAGCCCGGGAAGCAGCUGUGCUUGGAGCUGCGGGCCGUGGGGGUCGAGCUGGACUCUGGGGAGGUCGAGGCGCGCGCGCGGGGCCCCCAGCAGCCGCCGCCCCCGGACCUGCGGAGUCUGGGCUUCGGCCGCAGGGUGCGCGCCCCGCAGGAGCGCGCCCUGCUCGUGGUAUUCACCAGAUCUCAGCGAAAGAACCUGUUCGCCGAGAUGCGCGAGCAGCUGGGUUCGGGGGAGGCUGCGGGCGCCGAGGGGUCUUGGUCGCUGCCAUCUGGUGCCCCGGAAGCCGGGCCGUGGCUGCCCUUGCCCGGCCGGCGACGACGGCGCACGGCCUUCGCCAGCCGCCACGGCAAGCGGCACGGCAAGAAGUCGAGGCUGCGCUGCAGCAAGAAGCCCCUGCACGUGAACUUCAAGGAGCUGGGCUGGGACGACUGGAUCAUCGCGCCCCUGGAGUACGAGGCCUACCACUGCGAGGGCGUGUGCGACUUCCCGCUGCGCUCUCACCUGGAGCCCACCAACCACGCCAUCAUCCAGACGCUGAUGAACUCCAUGGACCCCGGCUCCACGCCGCCCAGCUGCUGCGUGCCCACCAAAUUGACUCCCAUCAGCAUCCUGUACAUUGACGCGGGCAACAACGUGGUCUACAAGCAGUACGAGGACAUGGUGGUGGAGUCCUGCGGCUGCAGGUAGCGGUUCCUUUCCUGCCGCCUUGGCUCCGGACCGCAGAGAGGCCUGACUGCAGCGAGGCGGAGGAGGGAAGCUGGCCUUGGAUGGGCUGAGGGUGGGGGGCAGCCCGGACGGGAGAGCAGCGAGAGAAGGGGGCACAGCCGGCCCGGACCCCCCACUUGCCAGCCCCGAGGUGCGAGUCACGCCUUGCCUGGCCACCCUGGAGCGACCAGAGGAGGAUUUCUUUCGUCUCUCCCCACCCCCUUAUUAUUGUGGCUUUGGAUUUCCUUGUGUGUCUCACAGGUUUGGAUGGGAGGUAGGGCGAAGGGAGACGCAUACCUGUUUCUCAACUGCUCCAUACAUUGGGAAAACAAAAGCUUAAAAGGGGAACGAUGUGGGAGAAAGAACCAGUAACCACAUCUGGGCUUGGUUGUUUCCUCUUCUGUGAGAAGUCGGGGUCUUUCCAGCCAUGUCACAGCCCCUGUCUUUGACCUCUCCAGCAAAAAGUGUCAAGGAAAAUCGGCGAACGGAAUAGGAGCCAGCGAGGGUCCCGCCUUUGCGAGUUUUGGGAGAGGUGGGCCCACGCGGGCCUGCGUCCCUCACGCGCGUGUUCCCAGGAUUUACCAACUCUGCCUGGCGUCUCGCAGCGCUAGGAGCCUCCGUCCCACUGCAGAGGGCUCGGGCCGCUCCAGCCUUUACUGCGGCUUUUUCUGGUGGGGGAGAGGGAGUUGGUAUGGAUGGAAUGACAAGAAUUAGUCCACCUAGAGCCCCCAGAAGGAUAGUGAGAAACCGCGAGGUUGCCUCUGAGCGGGCUGGCAGAGGUGCUGCAGCCCAGGCUGGAGGGAGCCCGCCCUGAAGCUCUUGGAGUUAUCUCUUUCUAAUUGAUUUGUCAAAAUUCAAACGUCUCUUUCUAAGGGGAGAGUGAUUUUCUAAUUAAAAAGAAAAUUCGUAGGAGUGGGGAAAUAAGUAAUUAAGGUAAGAGAUGCAGAACAGAGGAGGGGAAAAGGACCCCAGAGGCAGAAGGGCCACAGGGCCGAGGGAGGGUGGAGGACGGCGACCAGAGGCCAGUCGGUCCCAGCCGGGAAGGAGAGGAUGAGGGGGCGGGGCACGGCCCAGUCUCUGAAGUUUCUGAACAAGUACGUUCCCUCCCCUCUCUCUGACAUUCCUGAAAGAUUACCAGUCAGCAAUAGCCCAGGGCUCCCCCAAAAGAAUUGUUUUAGAUUGUAAUUACCAGUUAGGCAAUGUUUUUAAAACUUAGUAAUGAGAAACUGUGAAAAGAGCCAAGUGUUACAUUGAGCUUGGGGUGGAGAAUGGGGAACGGGCAGCAAAGAAAGGGGCGAGGGGGAAAUUCACCUUCUGGAAGGAAACGAGAGAGAGCACAGACCCAAACUGAAACAUCCAUUCCCAGGUAGUCAAAAACCAGUCUGCAGCAGUAUUAUUUUCCAACAUUGCCCAUGAGGUCCUUUGAAGAAUGAGCCUCCUCCUAAUCUUUUGACCAUGAGAUGGUUUAAACAGGGGAACCUUUGCCAACUAUUACAAAAAGUUUUGCUUUAUCUUAAGUGGUUUGCUCUGUCCCCAUCUAUAUCUUUUGCUUGUUUGGUUCCGAGAAGUGCAAACUGUCAAGGAAAAAGUGGGGAUGAUAAUAAAUGCUAAUAUAAAAUGCUAAGUAAGAAGAAAAAGAGACUUGGCCAGGAGAAAUAAUUUAAAAUGCAGAUUUGCUUUGGAUGCACUGUUGUUGUUCUGUUAAGGCUGUAUAUAUUUGUUUAUUUAAAGUGACUGGAAGUGCAAAGAGGAAAUGGACACCACGUAAUUCAUCCUAAUGUACAAAAUGUUAUAUGCACUCAAAUGUUAUAAUUUCUAAUAUUUUUAAAGUUUAUAUUU